UGCACGCAUAAAUAUAUAACAUAUAUGUGUAUAAUAUGUGAUUUUGUAGACAUAUAUGUAUACAUUUAAACAAUGUGGUAAAUAUGGACAUAUGACAUUUGUAUGUAUUUAUUCGUUUAUUAUUAUGGCUAAUGAUAUAAAGGUGGGAUUUAAAAUUUAAAGUUUUUUAUCUCUGUCAAAGUUGUUAUGUAUGAAAAGUUUAUAUUUUUUUUUAUGAAAAAGAAAUAAAAGAUGAGAGAGAUGGAGAAAGUGAAAAGAAGAUGAUAGAGUGACGCUAAUUCUUUAGUCUAGCCUAACCUGGACGAUAAAUUAUUUGAGUAUUUUUAUACUGCUUUGAAUUCUCAACGUGACAAUUCAUGUCGUGCAUAAUAAUUUAUAGUUUUAUUUGUAUUUUUUAUUUUUAGAUCGACAGUGCAUUUGUUUUUUAUUUUUAAAAUUUGUUUUCAUUGUUUUUGAGGUUAAUUGUGUUAUUGUUAAUUUGAAAUUUUAAUAAUUGUUUAAUUAAAUGUAUAUUGUGAUAUUUAAAUGAGGUUAUAUUUUUAAAUAAUGUGAUAAAAGUAUUAUUAAUUAAUAAUAUAUUUAAUUAACCAUGAAGUUUUGAAUUUAAAAAAUGAAAUUUUGAACUGUCAAAAAAAAGAAUGCAGUUAAUUUUAAAAAUGUCAAGUCUGAGGUUUGAAUUUAUAAUUUAAAUAUAAAUGAUAGUAAAUAUGGAGAUAAAUCCAUUGAGUAUUAUUCUGGUAAAAAGAGAUAGUAAAGGUGACAGAAUGUUAUUUCGAUAUCCGAAUAUGGAUAAUCAUAAAAGAGAUUCGAAUCAAUGUACAAAAAGAAAAAAUCCUUAUUCAUUAAUAAUAGCUGAGGAUUCAUUGCAGUCAUUACCAUGUCCAACAUCAAACAUAACAAAUGGAAAUUUAUCUGGAUUAUCUGAUGAAGUAUUGUCGACAUUAUUUGCUGUUAAACCCGAGCUGUGUGAAAUGAAAUUUGAAUUAAAGUUGAAUAAUGUGCGUUUCGUUGGUCAUCCGACAUUAAUACCAUCAUCUAGAGGAAAAGAAGUUAAUUCAUCAAUGCUAUUUAAUGUCGUAUUUGCGUUACAAGCCCAAGCCAAUCAGUCUGUCGUCAAGUGUUACCACGACUUGAGCAAAAGAUUAGGUAUAACAUUGAGACAUGAAGAAAAAAGAUGUGGAUUUUUAACUGAAGAAAUAAAAGUGAUGGUAUCAACUCUUGAUGAAAUAGCAACAAGAUCCGAAGAAGAGAGUGAAGGUGAAGAAUCACCGUAUGAAUUGAUACUAAAAAAAAGUUCACUUGCUAAAGAUUUAAAGUCAGCAUUCGAUAGUCUUUGCAAUACAGGUAUCGUUAAUUUAAUGAUCAAUAAAUGGACACUAGUUAAUUUUUGUCUACCUCAAAAAGUACAUCAGCUACACAAAAAAGGUUUCAUCAUGAACCCUGAAAUGAUUGAUAGAUGUUUAAAUAGUCUAAGACCGUACCACGGCCUACUUUUGUUAAUUGAGCCAGUGGAUUUAUUAGAAUCACUACCAACAGAUGCAUCCCCUGCAUUGAAACGUAUGAUUCAAAUGUACAAUCCGUUGAAAAGUCUUCAAACUUUGGCUGCUGAUACUGAUUUAUCAUUGGCCCAAAUUUUUCAAUUAACUGGUCAUCUUGUUUACUGGGCCAAAGCAACGGUUAUUUACCCACUUUGUGAAAGUAAUGUUUAUGUUAUUUCACCCGACGCGGUUAUUUCUAAUCAAUUGAUGGAAGCAUUUACUGAUCAGUUUCCUGAAUUAAAUCUUUUACAAAUUUUGAGUGAAUUUUCAUUACCAACGUCGAUAAGCGAAAAAAUAAAUCCUUUAGGUCAACCACAGCAGCAACAACAGAUAGUUAAAAUAAUUAUUUGGUUAUUAAAAAAUCGAUUGUUGUUACAAUUACAUACUUAUGUACAAUUGAUGCCAACAGAUGAUGGAAGAGAUCCAAUGAAGACGAGAAGUCAAGAUUGCUCGAGUCCAAACGGAGCUACUGAGAACGACAGCAGCUGGAGUUACGAUAAUACACCCAAGGGAAUAUCUGCCGAGAUGAGAAUCGAUAGAUCAAUCACGAUGCCAAAGGACGAAGAGAUAUUCGAAUACCGAUCAGACAAUUUUCCCAUUUCCUCAGAAGACAUAAUGCUGCUUGACAAGCUCUGCGGGCAAGGUUAUUUCGACGGUCGUCAUCAUCUAGAGGAAAUAAUGUAUCUUGAAAAUAUACGUCGAUCUCAGUUACUUGAAAUUCUCGAAAAAUUUCGUAAUAUUUUAAUAAUAUCAAAACACGAGGAUCCUGCAAUAACUUUAUUUUAUUCCCAGCACGGGUUUUCAUAAAUCAAUAUCACUGUUUUUAUAAUUUUUAUAUUAGAGACAUUCUCAGACAAACCCCCCCCCCCCCCACUUUUUUGAAAUAUUCAAUUAAUUUUAACUGUCGACAGUAUUAAAAUUUUUUUAAUUAAUUGAAAAAAAUUAGAGCAUUAAUUAAAAAAAAACUGAGUUGCGAUUUUGACGAGAUGUAGAUUUGAAAAAAAAUUACUUACAGUUGUAAUUAAUUAGGAAUCAUAUUUAAUUUGGUAAAUAAAUUUGAGCCUACAAAACUUGAAAAUUUGAAUUGAAAAAUUGACAUCAAGAUUUUACUGAAAUUUAUUUAACAAUUUUCGUUUAACUCCCAAUUGAUGUCAACUGUAAGUAAUUUUUUUAAGUGAAUCGAUAAAAUUUUGAUACGCUGAUGACAGCUGUCAUUGAAAAUUUUUAAAAAGUGGAGGCACUGUCUAAGAACGGCUUUGAGGACAUUUUCAGACAUUACCCCCCACUUUUUAAAAAUAUUCAAUGAUUUUAAAAUGUCAUCACGGCAGUAAGAUUUUUUAAAAAUUACUUAGAGAUGUCAUCAGUUAGAAGUCAAACGAAAUUUGGUAAAUAAAUUUUAGUCCGCGAAAUUUGAAAAUUCGAAUUACAAAAUUGACAUCAAGAUUUUAUUGAAAUUUUUUUUACACAGAAAAAAUGAAUUUCGUGGCGUAAAAAAACUUUUGAAUCAUGAAAUAAAAACAAAAAUUUUCUGAAAACGAGUAAAAAUUUUUUGCGCCAAGAAAUCUUUUUUUUCUGUGUAACAAAUUGCGUUUAAUUCCUAAUUGAUGACAACUAAGUAAUUUUAUUUAAAUUUCAUACCUCGGCGUAAUUGCUACUCCGUUGUCCUUUUUUCAAUUUUUUUGUUAAUUAAUUAAGAAAAUCAUAAUACGGUUAUGACAGCCAUUAAAUAUUUAAAAAAAGUAGCGGCACUGUCAGAAUGUCCUUAAAAAAAUAAAUUUCUAUAUCAAAUACCAAUUUUUCAAAUUAUUUGAAUUGAAUUGAAAUAAUUAUUGGUAUAAAAAUAAUAAAACAAAAUGAUAUUGUUUAUUUAUAAUUCAUUUAUUAAAUGAAUAUAUAUUAAAAUUAUAAAUAGAAAAAAAGUAAUUACUGUAAAAAAAAUAAAAAAAUUUCAUUUUUUGGUAAAUAUUUAAAUGAACAACAGACAUAAUUUUUUAAUCAUUAUUAUUAUCGUUAAUAUCCAUAUAAUUAUCAAUAACUACAGCAAAACACAAAACAAAAAAGUGAUAUCUGUACAUGUGAUUAACAUAAACUUUUAUUUUAUUUUUUGCAUAUCAGUAGCCUAAGAUAGGACGAAAUUAAACCAUAAUAUUCACAGAUAUUAUACAAGAUAGAUAAGGCUGAGGGCAUCCACACACUGCGUUUUUAAUUCAAAUAAUAAUAAUAUUUUAAAUUUUAAAUAAAAUAAAACUAAACUGAAAAAUUUAAAUAAAAACUUAUAUAUUUUUUUGUUAUCUAAGCUUUUAAAAAUAAUAAUUUGAAAAUAAGUUUUCGAUGGACAGCAUGUGUGAGCCCCCUCACCAGAUAUCCUUAUUUUAAUAUUUAUUUAACUGUAAUAUAUGUUAUUAUUUUUUUUCAUUAUUUCAUAUAAUUUUUUUUUAAUUAUUAUUUUAUACUUAAAUAUUAUUAUAUACUUUUUACUUCUAUAUACUGUACAUAUGAACAACGCAUCUUUUACACUGUACACGCAUACGCUCCACGAGUAUCUGCGCUGCCUUAUUUUAAUUAACUUUUUUUUUAUUUUUUUAUUUAUUAUUUAUUUGUUCAUAUUUUUAUAUAAGGAUGGGCAGGAUAUUUAUGACCAUUCGACUAUCAAUUACACUUACCAUUGUCAUAAAACAUUAUUUAUUUAUUUAUUUAUUUAGGAAUUUAUUAACUCGUUUCCCUACAUAAUUAUUUU